AUGGGAAAACUCGGAAACGCCCUCAAGGCCGGCCAGACCGCCGUCGAACUGGGCCGCAACGUGCAGGGCUUCGCCGGCGCCGCCGACAAGGCCGAGAUGGGCCGCCAGGCCGGCCGCGGGGUCUUCAACGAGGGCGCCGAGACGGGCAAGACGAUGGGCAAGACGUGGCUCAAGACCUUCGAGGUCGUGCCGCGCCUCGUGUGCCGCGGCCUGCAGUUCCUCUUCGCCCUCGUCGCCUGCGGCUUCUACGGGAACCGCGUCGACGCCGACCGCAAGGACGAGGACGGCGACGGCGGCGGCUUCUCGCCCGAGUGGAUCCUCGCCAUCACCGUCGCCGGCGCCUCGGCCGUCACCGCCGUGCUCUUCGUCGCCGCGACGCCUCUCGGGGCCAUCCCCUUCGUCGGCAGCAGGAUCAAGAUCUUCAAGACGUACCGCGCCUUCGCCUGGGACCUCGUCCUCUUCGUCGCCUGGAUCGUCGUGUUUGGCAUCUUUGCCGCCAUCUUCCUCAAGAGGGACAGCGACAACCCGUACAAGGGCAGCAGCACGGGCGCCAUGAAGGUGGCCGUCUGGAUCGACCUGGUGAACGCCAUCUUCUGGUUCGUCUCCGGCGUUUACGGCUGCAUCAAGACCUUCUUGGGUGACAAGACGGACAAGAUGACGGACAAGAUUGGGCAGAAGCUUUUCGAGAAGAAACAGGAGCCAGCCAAGGAGGAGGCCUACUACGCAGAAAGCGUAUAA